AUGAUACCAAAGCUUAUAGUUUUUGGGGGGAAUGGAUUUUUAGGCAAAAGGAUUUGCCAAGAAGCGGUAACUGCAGGCUAUCAAGUCGUUUCUGUGUCAAGGUCCGGUAAAGCUCCUCAAAGCAACGAAUUAAAUGAUAAACAAUGGAUGCGGGAGGUACAAUGGGCCGCAGCUGACAUUUUUAAACCAGAUUCUUAUCAUGAAUUAUUGAAAGAUGCUUCUAACGUAGUUCAUUCUUUGGGAAUUCUCCUGGAAAAUGAAAAUUAUAAGCAGACUCUAUCCAAAACCCCUACAAAUGACUCAAAAUCAUACCUUUUAUCUUUUGGUGCAGGUCCAAAUCCUUUAAAAAAAAGUAGCCCUUAUUUCACUUAUGAAAUGAUGAAUAAGCAAAGUGCUAUUAUUUUGGCAGAUACAUUUAAACAAGAAAUAUUAAAGAAAAGCAAGAAGGAGCAGACAAAAGCAAAUGAAAGAUCUUUUACAUAUAUUUCCGCCGAUAAAGGUUUUCCAAUGAUUCCUAGUGGCUACAUUAAUUCGAAAAGGGAGGCUGAGAUUGAAUUAGAAAAAAUGCAGAAAUAUUUCAGGCCUGUCAUUAUGAGGCCUGGUUUUAUGUUUGAUGAACGUAGAAAUGCAAUUGGACCGCGAUCUUUUAUUCACACUGCUCUUGAAUUGCUUUACUGCGGUAACAAAUUUCUACUACAAAAUAAGCUGCAGUUUAUGAACGAUUUAAUUAGGCCAACAGUAUCCACUCAGCAGGUAAGCAAGUCCGUCUUAACAAAGAUCAAAAAUCCAGAUUUUAAAGGGGUGGUUACACUUGAGGAAAUACUCAAGACAUAA